AUGGCUGCGCGGUUGGCCCUACCUAACGACUUCCUCGUUCCUGCGGGAAGCUUGCCAACGCGGGAGGUACUCGAUCAUGUGUCCUCCGUCAUCGACGGAGAACGAGUACACGAGACGAUAAGAUGGAGGAGCCUUGGGCCCAUGAGUAGUAGCAGUCUUGCAGCAAGAGUUACGCCAGAUCGCUACAACUUCAGGGAGAGGGAGGAGAAAAGGGGGGGAGGGGGGGGGGGGAGCGGGGUAGGGGCUGCGCAUGGGGCUGCAGAUGCGCGUGCAGAGGGCAGCAGGGCGCACGGGGCGCACAAGACAGCAGGGCGCGCGUGGCGUGCAGGGCUGCAGGGCGCGCGUGGCGCGCAGGACAGCAGAAAGGGCUGGCACGCAGGGCAGCAGGACAGCAAGGCGCGCGGGGCGCGCAGGGCUGCAGGGCGCGCGGGGCGCACAGGGCAGCAGGGCAGCAGGGCGCACAGGGCUGCAGGGCAGCAGGGCGCACAGGGCUGCAGGGCAGCAGGGCACACGGGGCGCGCAGGGCUGCAGGGCGCGCAGGGCGCGCAGGGCAGCAGGACAGCAGGGCGCGCGGGGCGCGCAGGGCUGCAGGGCGCUCGGGGCGCACAGGGCAGCAGGGCAGCAGGGCGCACAGGGCUGCAGGGCAGCAGGGCGCACAGGGCAGCAGGACAGCAGGGCGCGCGGGGCGCGCAGGGCUGCAGGGCGCGCGGGGCGCACAGGGCAGCAGGGCAGCAGGGCGCACAGGGCUGCAGGGCAGCAGGGCGCACAGGGCUGCAGGGCAGCAGGGCGCGCGGGGUACACAGGGCAGCAGGGCGCACAGGGCUGCAGGGCAGCAGGGCGCGCAGGGCUGCAGGGCAGCAGGGCGCACAGGGCUGCAGGGCAGCAGGGCGCGCAGGGUACACAGGGCAGCAGGGCGCACAGGGCUGCAGGGCAGCAGGGCGCGCAGGGCUGCAGAUCCCCUCCUGCCUCCCCCUGAACCUCCAAGUUCCCCCCCCCUCCCCAACACAAAGUGCAGCAGGGAGAGAGAGAGGAGAAGGGGGGGCGGGGGCUGAUGCUGCAAAUCCCCUCCCCCCCACUGGUGCUCCACUAUUCGUCACCCCCCAGGGAUGA